GGCAAAGUAAAACAAUGGGCAGUGUUAUAACAGCAUUUACAAACUUAUUUAAUACAAAGACACCGUACUCCAUCUGUAUGAUAGGAUUGGAUGCGGCCGGGAAAACCACAAUUCUAUACCAGAUGAAGCUCAAGAGCACGGUUCCUACUGUUCCCACAAUUGGUUUCAACAUUGAGAAGUUCCAGGUCAACAACGUGGAGUUUUCGUGCUGGGACAUCGGUGGACAGGACAAGAUACGGCCUGUGUGGUGUAAGUAUGUCGAUACGAGUGAUGGGAUGGUGUUCGUUACGGAUAUUUUUGAUGAGGAACGGUGGGUUGAGGCUGGUGAAGCGUUGAAGAGCAUCCUUGAUAACUACAAAAACAAGCCGGUACUUAUUCUGGCGAACAAGGCAGAUGAUCCCAACGAUCCUGAGCUCGAAAAUAGAAAGGAGAGGAUGUUGAAGACAUUUAACAUUGAGAGCGUGUGUGAUUUCUGGGAGUGCAGGACCGUGUCAGGAAUCGUGUCUGCAACUGAUAAUAACCCGUUGGUCAGGCUGUUGCCGGCAUUUGAGUGGAUGGUAGACUCGUUAGAGAAGACCCAUAGCAUGAGAAAGAGGCGCCAAGACCUAUAAUUUUCAAGUAAAUACGGAUGGAGUAAACGUUCAC